UUGAACAAGCAUUGUUCACAGCGGAAGAAACGCGCGUCGUCUGCAUGUGGGAAAGCCUGUGAAGGUUCAUCGGAAAUGUCCAAACGCCACCACAAUCACCCGAGGGAGAGGCGGUGGAAAUGUGAGGAUUGCGGGAAGGGAUUUCUUUACCCAUCCCAGCUGAAAACUCACCAACGCAGUCACACUGGGGAGAGCCCGUGGAAAUGUGGGGAUUGCGGGAGGGGAUUUCUUUACCCAUCAGAACUGGAAACUCACCACCGCAGUCACACUGGGGAGAAGCCGUUCACCUGCUCCGACUGUGGGAUGGGAUUCAGUCAGUCGUCCCACUUGCGAAUACACCAACGGGUUCACACCGGAGAGAGACCGUUCGCCUGCUCCGUGUGCGGGAAAGCAUUCGCUCAGUCGUCUGACCUGCGGAUACACCAGCGUGUUCACACUGGAGAGAGGCCAUUCACUUGCUCCGACUGUGGGAAAGGAUUCGCGUCUUCAUCCAGCCUGCUGAAACAUCAACGCAUCCACACUGGGGAGAGACCUUUCACCUGUUCCGAAUGUGGAAAAGGGUUCAAUUACACAUCGAAACUACUGAUCCACCAGCGGAUUCACACUGGGGAGAAACCAUUCACCUGUCCUGAAUGUGGAAAAGGAUUCAAUCGCUCAUGUAAUCUGCAGAUACACCAGCGCGUUCACACUGGGGAGAGACCAUUCUGAUUGUGGGAAAGCAUUCAAUUGCUCAUCGAGACUGUUGAUACACCAGCGAGUCCAUACCAGAGAGAAAACCAUUCAGCUGCCCUGAGUGAUGGUGUGAAAGCAUUCACUCAGUCAAGCAUCCUGCUGAGACACCAGUCCAUUUACUCCUGUGGAGAGACUGUUCACUUGUUCUGUAUCUGGGAAGAGAUUUUGAACUAUUAGCACGACAGUGAAGCUUAUGGGUGGUACAGUGGUUAGCACUGCUGCCUCACAGCACCAGUUCCCGCCUCUGGUUACUUUCGGUGUAGAGUUUGCACAUUCUCCCCGUGUCUGCAUGGGUUUCCUCCGGCUGCUCCGGUUUCCUCCCACAAUCCUAAAACAUGCAGGUUAGGUGAAUUGGCCACGCUAAAUUGCCCAUAGUAUUAGGUGAAGGGGUAAAUUUAGGGGAAUGGGUCUGGGUGGUAAUACGCUUCGGUGGGUCCAUGUGGACUUGUUGAGCUGAAGGGCCUCUUUCCAUACUGUAAGUAAUCUAAUGUAAUCUAAUCUAAGUGACACUGGGAUCCUGUUCACCGCCUGUUCUGCUUGUGUCAACAUCUUUGCGAGCACAUCAGCAAAUUCAAAAGAGCCAUAGGUGAAGGGUUUUGCUUUUCCUCACAUUUAAGGAAUAAACCUUGGUCAUUGAGCCAUUUACAUUCAUAUUAUUAAACCCCCUGAACCAUUUAAAGGGCUGAUAUUCUGGAUGAAUCAUUGAUGCAAUUGUGUAGGAUGGGUUUGAAAAUAAUCGCAAUGUUACUCUAUAUCAACACAAGAUUGUCCACCUGCACAUUGUUUACAUAGGCGGCCGUUCGGCCCUUUGUGUCUGUUCCAGCAUUCAUCGCGAUCAUGGCUGAUCAUCCUACUCCUCCUUUCUCCCAUAAACCUUGAUCCCAUUAGCCCCAAGUGCUGUAUCUAGCUGCCUCUUGAAUGCAUUCAAUGUUUUGGCAUCAACUACUUCCUGUGCUAAUGAAUGCCACAGGCUCACCACUCUUUGGGUGCAGAAAUGUCACCUCAUCUCCAACCUAAACGGUCCACCCGGAAUCCGCAGACUGUGGAAGCACCCACCAUUGGAAAUCUCUUCUCUGUCUAGUCCUCUUAGAAUUUUAUAAGUGUCUAUUAGAUCCACCCCCCCCCCCCCACAUUCAUCUGAACUCCUGUAAAAGCAAUCCUAACCUAAUUGAUGUGUCCUUGUAUGUCAGUCCAGCCAUCCCAGGAUCAGGCUGGUAAACCUUUGCUGCACUCCCGCGAGAGCACGAGCAUCCUUCCUCAGAAAAAGCAACCAAAACUGCUCACAAUAUUCUCGGUGUGGCCUCACCAUGACCCUGCAUAACUGUAGUGACACGCCCCUGCUCCUGUAUUACUUGCAGCCUUUCUGAAGGGGUUUUGAAGUUCAUCUGGAUUGUUUAAACAAAAUGAGUUCCCUUUGUAACUGUCAAUGUUGGGUGUUAACCCUUUUGAUAUUUAGAUCC